AUGUUGGGGAACGCCCUCUCUUGCUUUGCGGCACAGCUCGACUUGUCGCGCUUAACGGGAACAGUGCCUCCCGAUGUCGACUACGCGGAGCUGUACUCGAUGAUUCAGCAGAGGUUACAAAGCGUCCCUGGGACGACGCCCGAUGUGUUUCAACUCCUCGAGAAAAAGCAGAUUCAUCUUCCUGUGCCCGACGAUCCAGCCUAUGCCAUUGCAUCCAUGUCGGAGCCCAUCACUGUGUUUCUCUUCGACAUUGAGGGUACGACUACGCCACUGCCUUUUGUGCGGCAAACGAUGAUCCCUCUUGCCGAUGCCCGUGUUGAGACCUACAUGACCACGCACUUCCCUGCUAACCCGGCGUUUGUGGACCUCCUCACAGCAGCGGCCCACCCGCAGUCUUCGCCAGUGGCAAAGAGACAAACGACCGGCUGGAAGGCCUUUUCGGAUGCUCUUUCGGCGAGUGAGGCACGCGACUGGAAGGAUGCAGCUGCGAAUGAGGUGACGCGUCAUGAAUUCUGCGCCCUUUUUCACGACGAGGUGAAGAAGGGCUCAUCGCAUCCUACCAUAAAGGCUGUCCAGGCCGCCAUCUGGGCGGAGGUGUUUGCAGAGGGAAAGUUGCAGUCACAGGUGUUUCCCGAUGUGAAUGCGUUCUUUCGCUACGCCGGAGGACCAGCCAUGGCGGAGAAGACGCGCAUCGCACUCUACAGCACGGGAAGCAUCGCAGCCCAGAAGCUCCUCAUGGGUCACACCCCAUAUGGCGAUUUAAACCCGUUCAUUACGGCGUAUUUUGACCCUAUACUUGUCGGCACAAAGCUGAUGCCGAAGAGCUACAUGAAAAUCCGAAUCCUCCUGGCGGAGCAGCUGGAUCUGUCGCCGGAGGACAUGCGCAUCGUCUUUGUGACUGAUAACACCAGCGAGGCCUCUGCGGCCGAAACUUCUGGAGCAAUCCAAAGCUCCAUCCUGUGUGUGCGUCCGCUAAACGACUGGAUCACAUUUGACACGAUGGCGUCGAUUAACGUGCCGUACGUCAUGUCGUUUACGCAACUGAUGCAGCGCGAGUGUGUGGUGGACAUGGUGAAGUUGGUUAGGGACACAAGGGAGUGUUUGAUGAAACAAGGCGCCUCUUGA